ACGGGAAAUCACUCCUGUGUAUCCAUGACUCAUUUCUUGGAAAAUUUCCAUUUUAAAAGAGAGUACCUAGUGCAAUUACUCUAUUAUCUUAUUAAAAUGUUUGAGUGUUAAUUCCAGGUCAGACAUUUUAGUGUUAUUAAGGAGCUUCAGGCUAUUUUUCCUCCUCCGUCACUGUGAUGAAGCAUGAGAUAAGCAUGUCAUGCCAAGUCAGGAGGCAGAAGGGCUCUGGCGUUACACAGUCCAGGGCCAAAACAUUCCGGGAAACUCUCAGGCUUCCAGAAGCACGGAGAGCCGUGCCGAAAGGCUGGUAUUGAAUUAGUGGAAAGUGGAGGCUGUGUGCCAAGCCUGUAGUGUCGCUGUCAGAUCAGGAGAGGGUGUUUUCUGCUCAACACCACGCUCGUCCACUACAAACACUCAGGUCUCUGGUGGAGUCACUUAGGUACAGACUUGGGAUGGAUCUAAUUUUCCAUUUAAUUUUAAUUAUACUUGGCAAAGGAAGAUGUCCUGCAGUAGGAAAACUGGAAGCCAGUAAGGCCAACAAAUCCAUCAAGUGUAAAUGAUCACACUCAGCUUUGGUUCUCUUAAGACAAACAAAAUAAACAGGAAGAGCUGUAAAAGAAAAAAAAAUAUUAGAGUGGCUUGUUAAAUAGGACAUUAAGAACAUCGAAGCAUGUUUGUUUAAUAAUUUGAUCUUUGCUUUGUUUCAAUGCAGUUUACAUUAGGCCUAGGUGAUACAUUGAGGAAUAAACCAGGAUAAGGAGUGCUGUUAUAGGAAACUGUUGAAAGACUGGGUGGUGUGAUGCAGCCAAAUGUAAAGCAAAAUUGAACAUUGUCCUAAACAGCACAUCCUAAGCAAGUGUUUUAUUCCUCUAUACAAAAGCAUCUUGACAACAACUUUUUUGUUUAUUAAACAAUUUUAUUGGUCACACACGCAACAUGGCCUACAUUUUUACUGUUUAUAGUUACAUUUGACUGGCAUCCCAUCCAGGGUGUUCUUCCGUCUCACGGCCAGUGCUCCAGGAAAGGCUCCGGAUCCACUGCAAAUACUAAUCAGGAUAAAAUGGUUACUGAAAGUGAGUGAGUGAGGGAGUGAAAGCGAGAGUUACCUUUAAUGAUGUGGAGCAUCUGGGAAAAAGUUGGUUCCUGUUAUGACGUACGUUAUAGGAGCUAUAAAUAGUUGUGUAUAGAGAAGUACUUUGUUUAUGAAACCAGUAAAAUUGUUGUUUUCUUUACUAAAAUCCAGGCUUUUAUUAUUUCUUUACUACAGCUGCUUUUACAGACACAGAAGACAUGACUACUGUGGGUGAGGGCAUACUAACUCUCUUGUGAAUCACAGUGAUACUAGCCAAUACUUGGUGUCUGUGAGCUCAUGUACAUGAAAGAGGAUAGAAUGUGCUUUCCUCUGAGUGUGUUAAUCUUCCCUGUGAUGCACCCUACGAGCAGCAACUUGAAAAGAUGCAGUCGGCUGGUUUCAUGUGUCUUGAAGGAAACACAUGUUAGCCUUCAUAUGAUAGUAGGCAUGGACAGGUGACCAAAUUGGGGAGAAAAUGGGUAAAAGAAAAAAAAAACCCAGUGCAGCUAAAACGCUGCAUAAAACAGUGUCCUAGUGCUAUCUUUUAAAAUCCUAGCAAUUAUAAUUGUCACAUGUGCCAUGCCUCCUUUAAAGGUUAGGCAAGAUUAGUGAAAAAUAGGUCUGUAACAGUUAAAUGGGUGGAGAAUAAGAUUAGAAUGAUUUUUUUACCCAUUGAGCCCACCCCUAUUUCCACCUAUGUACACAAAGACUUAGCAUGUUAACUAGAAUUACCAUUAGCAAGGACUGUCAUGGCAUCACUUUCAAGUGCCCUCAAACAUUCAACUGCUUAAAAGUCAAGUUACAACUCUAUAAACAUGCAACAUGUCCUCAUAAUGGAUGUGAAGGGGCGUUCGGGAUGUGUCUAUAGAAUGACUGACAAGAGGCCAGUACAAAUACAGUGCCCUGCAACCAUCAGGGCAAUAAUUAAGAAGUUCCAGUCAACUGGAAAUGUUAUGAGUCAACUUGGAAUUGGACGUGUGUCUAUAUUGUCUCGAUGCACUGUGAAGAGGAUGGUUCGAGUGGCCAGAAAAUCUCCAAGGAUCACAGCUGGAAAAUUGCAAAAGUUGGGGUCAGAAAGUUUCCACAACUACAAUCUGAAGCUACAUCACCACAAGUUAUUUGGAAGGGCUUCAAGAAACCAAAAUAGAGCUUUUUGGCAAUAAAUACCAGAGGUGGUUUUGGUGCACACAGAGAGGUAGCCAUAUGGAAAAGUACCUCAGGUCCAUGGUUAAAUAUGGUUAAAUGGUUAAAUAUGGUGGUGGCUCUUUAAUGUUUUGGGGCUGUUUUUCUGCCAGAGGACCUGGACAUUUUGUUAGGAUACAUGGCAUCAUGGACUCUAUCAAAUAUCAGCAGAUAUUAAAUGAAAACCUGACUGACUCUGCCAGAAAGCUCAAAAUGGUUGGAUCUUCCAGCAGGACAAUGAACCAAAACAUACAACAAAAUCAACACAAAAAUGGUUUACUGACCACAAUGGUACAUUUCCUCAGUUUAAACAUUUGGUAUGUUUUCUAAGUUUUAUUGUGAAUAACAUCAGAUUGGCAAGUUAUUGCAUUCUGUUUUUGUUUACAUUUUACACAGCGUCCCAAUUUUUUUGGAAUUGGGGAGAUAAUUUAUCUAUCAAUCUAUCAGUAAUUACAGAUAAAAUGCCCUUUCCGGUCAAAGAAGCAAAGUAGUUUCACUUUGAUAAAUGACCAUUAAAAAAAAAAUAGAGAUUUUAUCACAUUACAGCAGUGGAAAGAGCUGCAAGGUGACAGACAGGGAAGAUUUUUGGAUGAAUAUCAGCAUGUGCACUAGUGCAGUGCAACCACAAACUGCAGAGUUAGCUGUGCAUGAUGUCUUGGAGAAACAGGUGACUGGUAGAUCAUGUUUAACUGAUUGAGACAAGCGAUAGAAGAAUAAAGGACAUUAACUCUUCUUCUCACUGAUCAAAUCAACGACGUAUUCAGAUUUGCAGUAGAAGCAGGUUUGAAAUUAAAUCUGUCAAUAAAAAUAAAAGAUAUUAUUUUACCUGUUGAGAUGCUUAAAUCAUGAAGGCAACAUUUUAUUGUUCCACAAGAACUUUUGUUCCAUUUGGUUCUAGUUUUUGUUUUCUUUUUUAACAUUAUGCUGAAUUUCUGAGUAACAUGUAUUACUCAUCAUGUGUGUAUGUGUGUGUGUGUGUGUGUGUGUUGUGGUCAAACAGAAACUAAGCCCACUGUAGUGGUUUAUGUUUUGAAGUCACUCAUACAAAAGAUAACUUUAUAGUCUGGGAUAUUUAAACUGCCUUUUUAUUUUAUUUUUUUAUUGUUUUUUAAUUGACAAAACGUUCUGCUGCAAAGAGCAAUAGAAAAGAAUGAAACUUCCUUAAACAGAAUAUGGUGCUUUCCCAUUUGGGAGUGGCUGAAAAGAAAGAACUGAAAGUGAGUCUCACAUGACGUGAACAUGACUCGAGAGGUAGAGAAUUAAUGUACGUCACACGCUGAAGGCCAGUGUUAGUCAUGAACUGAGGGUCUGCGGGAGAUGUUCAUGGUGGAAUUUUUUUUAGAUUUAGGCUGCUCUAAAGGCAACACUAUUCCAGCAGCACUCCCGGGAUGCACAUGGACAUUUCCAGCCAUUCUACCUUUCCUGAUCUGGAUAUUUCCUACAGUGAAGACUUCUUUCAGGACCUUGUAUGUAUAGAUGAUCUGUCCAAUCUGUCUAACGACUCCCUGUCUGAGUAUGUAGAUGACAGCUUGUCAACUGUACCUACCAUAUGGGACAUAAGUACACCAGCACAGAAUCAGGAGCUGAAUUCCAGACGAUUUCAGGGUUUAAACAGUUUAGAAGAUAUCACUGCUAUAAUCAGCACACCACAUCUGGGGAGCAUUCAGAGUUCGCAGUCACAGCCAGAGGAGGAGGAGGACAUAGAAGAAGAGGAGACAGAAGAGCUAGGCCAUGUAGACACCUACGCUGACUACAAACCUUCAAAAUCCACUAUAGGAAACUCGCAUCCUGACCGUGUAGUGGAGACCAACACUCUUUCCAGCGUCCCUCCACCUGACAUCAGCUACACUCUCUCCAUUCCUGAGGCCAUCAUAGACAGCAAUGUGCUCUCGGCCCUGCAGCUCGAGGCCAUCAUCUAUGCCUGCCAACAACAUGAGGUGAUCCUACAGAACAAGCAGAGGGCAGGUUUUCUGAUAGGAGAUGGGGCUGGAGUGGGAAAGGGCCGCACGGUGGCCGGGAUCAUCCUUGAGAACUAUCUAAAGGGAAGGAGGAAAGCACUUUGGUUCAGCGUAUCCAAUGACCUCAAAUAUGAUGCUGAACGAGAUCUUCAGGACAUUGGUGCUCCUAAUAUUCUAGUACAUGCCUUGAAUAAGAUAAAGUAUGGAGACACAGCUACCUCAGAAGGUGUUCUGUUUGCUACCUACUCGGCUCUGAUUGGAGAGAGCCAGGCAGGAGGCCAACAUCGCACUAGACUCAAGCAGAUCCUGGAUUGGUGUGGACCUGAUUUUGAUGGUGUCAUCGUGUUUGAUGAAUGCCAUAAAGCCAAAAAUGCCACAUCCACCAAAAUGGGCAAAGCUGUGAUACAGCUACAGAACAAGCUUCCUCUGGCCAGGGUGGUGUACGCCAGUGCCACAGGUGCCUCCGAGCCAAAGAACAUGAUCUACAUGAGUCGUCUGGGCAUCUGGGGAGAAGGAACACAAUUUAAGACAUUUGAUGACUUCCUACAUGCUAUAGAAAAGAGAGGUGUGGGUGCCAUGGAGAUUGUUGCCAUGGACAUGAAGGUUAGUGGGAUGUACAUUGCACGGCAACUGAGCUUCUCGGGAGUGUCCUUCCGCAUCGAAGAAAUCAGCUUGGACGAUGACUUCACACUCGUCUACAACAAAGCCGCCAAACUGUGGGCAGAAGCCUUGGCCGUGUUCACCCAGGCAGCUGAUUUCCUCGGUAUGGUGUCCAGGAAGUCUCUGUGGGGUCAAUUCUGGUCUUCCCACCAGCGCUUUUUCAAAUACCUCUGCAUUGCCUCCAAGGUUCGCUGUCUGGUCGAGCUGGCCAAGAAGGAAUUGGAAGCUGGCAAGUGCGUUGUGAUUGGGCUGCAGUCCACGGGCGAAGCGCGAACCCGAGAAGUUCUUGAUGAAAACGAAGGACACCUCGACAAAUUUGUUUCUGCUGCGGAGGGUGUGUUCCAGUCCUUGGUCCAAAAGCACUUCCCUUCAGAGAAACAGCGAAGAGAGAAAGGAGCAGCCAGCAAGAGGAAACGUAAGCCCAAAGGACGGCAGUCGAAGUGCCCCAGGCAGGGUGCAGAUGCCAAAAGCGUCAUUAACAUCAGCGAUGAUAGCAGCACAGAGUCUGAUGGAGUGGACAGCGACUCAAAUUCAUCACCAGAUUCACUACAGGACAAUGGCGAUGAUGUCAUUUUCAUUACACAAACCAACUGUCAUGCUGCUCGUUUGGAGGAGAUGAAGCAAAGUCUCCUUAUUAAAAUCGCUGAACUUGGGAAAGAACUACCUCUGAACACAUUGGAUGAGCUCAUAGAUAAAUUUGGAGGUCCGGAGAAGGUUUCAGAGAUGACAGGACGGAAGGGCAGAGUGGUUCGGCGGCUAGAUGGGAGUGUGCACUAUGAGUCUCGAGCUGAGCAUGGCCACACCAUUGAGCACAUCAACAUCAAAGAAAAGGAUCGCUUCAUGAAUGGAGAGAAGCUGGUGGCUAUAAUCUCUGAGGCGGCCAGUUCAGGAAUCUCUUUGCAGGCAGACAGGCGGGUAAAGAACCAGUGCAGGCGAGUGCACAUGACCCUGGAGUUGCCCUGGAGUGCUGACCGGGCCAUCCAGCAGUUUGGUCGCACUCACCGCUCCAACCAAGUCACAGCACCAGAGUAUAUCUUCCUUAUCUCUGAACUGGCCGGCGAAAGACGCUUCGCUUCUAUUGUGGCUAAGAGGCUGGAGAGCCUGGGAGCUCUGACGCACGGUGACCGAAGAGCAACAGAGUCUAGAGAUUUGAGCAAGUACAACUUUGAAAAUAAAUAUGGUAACAGGGCUUUAGAGAAGAUCACCAAAGCCAUUCUGGGUCACAUUGAGAGUAAAGUGGCCCCUCCCAAGGGCUAUCCAGGUGGUGAUGCCAUGUUCUUCAGAGACAUGAAGCAAGGCAUGAUGGAUGUUGGCAUUUUCUGCAAGGAGGCUCGCCUUGGCAUCAACCCUGAGAAAGACUGCACCAUUACUAAGUUCCUCAAUCGUAUUUUGGGUCUGGAGGUGCACAAGCAGAACUCUCUCUUUCAGUACUUCAGUGACAAUUUUGAGUACCUGAUUGAAAAGGACAAGAAGGAAGGCAAAUAUGAUAUGGGGAUUUUGGAUCUGGCUCCUGGUAAUGAUGAAAUCUCCAACGAGACUCAAGAGAAGUUUCUGACUCCAGGCAACCCACAGGAAGGCCAAGUCAUUCUCUAUAAGAUCACUGUGGACAGAGGUAUGCCCUGGGAAGAGGCUCUCAAAAAGGCUCACACACUCAGCAACCCAGACGAAGGCUUCUACAUCUCCCACAAGCUGAGAGGGAGUCACCCAUGUGUGCUGCUGGCCGAGCAGGGCAGAGGCCACAACCUGACUGUCUACAAACCCAAUGUGGGCAAACAAAAGCAACCGGAGAAUCUGGAGAAAAUCCAAAAGAAGUACCACAAGGUGACUCCAGGGGAUGCGAAGGAAAGCUGGGAGAAUCAGUUCACGUUCUCCUUAAGGAAAUGUAGCCAUGCCAACUGGAACGGGAGGUGCAAAAAGGUCGAUGAGGGCCAGGAGUGUUUGCAGGGUAUGCGCUUGCGGCAGUACCAUGUCCUUUGCGGUGCUCUUCUGUGUGUGUGGAAGCGUGUAGCUGACGUGGUGGCAGACAUUACCAGCUCCAGCAUCCUGCAAAUCGUACGCCUCAAAACCAGGGAGCACAAACAAGUGGGUAUAAAGAUCCCAGAGAACUGUGUGGCUCAAGUGCGAGAUGAGCUGGACCGUAUGGAUAAGGAUGUGAAAAAGAGGCGCCAGGAGAAAGAGCUGAAGGCUCAGAACCAGUGGCUGGAUGAACAGAGGAUGUUAGAAGAACGUCGGAGGGAUAUUUCUUUCACCCCUUACCAUAGCUCCUUAUUCAGUUACCCUGAUGGUGUCCUGGACCUGACAAUGCCCGGCCUUUCUCACCUUUCCACACACAGCACGGGAACAGACGUCCUCUCUGGGCCUGUCACCGAUUUCAGCAUGGUUUUCCCACCGGAGCACCAGCAGCAACAAAGUCAACCAGAAUCUGCGCAUCAGGAAUUGUUAAACUUUCUCAACUCGCUGCCAGAACAACCACAGUGCCACCCUGCGCUUCCCUCUUCUUCAUCGGACUCUUUACACGCUGCCAUACCUGCCCCAACGAGCCUCUUCCCCACCUCCACCAUCCAUCCUUCCUCCUCCUCAUCAUCCCUUUUCUCUCCUUCACUCACUUCAUCGUCUUCUUCUUCUUCACUGCCACUCUUUUCCUCCCUGUCGCCGUCGGACCAGCACCCAUUUGCUAACUGCAGCGACGACACCGCCAUCGAUGCCAAAGAGGUGCUGAGCAGUAUGCUGAGGAGCGGCUCAGACCAGUCUGUCAUUCACUUCAGAAUACCCGAGUCAGAGCAUCUGUCCUAAACACAGCCUAGUGUGUGAAACAGGCCUGUUGGGUUUUGGUCGCACAGAGACACACCAAGCUGACAUAGUCAGAUUAGCACCAACUAAAAGGAGCAGAUUGGCUGAUCCUGUUAGCUCAUGUCCUCUUCAGGUAGUUGAACUUGAACGACAAGUGUGCACAUUCUGUCCCUGUGUGAAAGGUGAAACUCUUCAUACCAGGGCUAGUCUGUGUGCUUAAUAAAAAAGAAAGAAAAGUAGAAGACACAGUAUUGUAUGUCCCAACUCUUAUAUUACUGUAUUAGAUGCCACGUCAAAACAGUAUACCAUCUACCACCUUAUAUCACAGAGGUGCCAAUCUCUAGUUUAGCCGUAGCAUUUAUGAUUUUUGACACUACGGGAGCUACUAGAUAAAGCAGAAAUAAAUUUCACCUGUCAGAAAAGGAAAUUCACUUAAGUUCAUUUGGUAAAGUUUAUCGAGGUGAAUUUUUUUUUUUAGCUGGAAUUCACGAGACUCUCUCUUGUGACCAGUAGAGUUCUGCAGGGAUGACAUAUCUUUGUAGGCCAAAAUACAAUCGGCAGAAGUAAAAAGCAAAAGUUAGGCAAUAAACCUACACCAUGGUCGCAUGACUUCAGCGUCACCACCGCUAAGCUUCUGACAACUUUUUCGAUCUUUAUUUUAAAAAAUACUACAAUUGGAAAAUACUAUAAAUUGAUAAAUCUACAAGUUGGAAAGUUUGAGCUGGAAUAGUUUGCAAGAGCGAGAGAGUAUAAACACAAUGACACUGUAGUAGCUGAGUUUUUCCUGUUCGGCGUGAUGACGCUGUAGUCCCAUUUAGCCACUUGUUAGCAACCGUCUUUUUCAAGACACGUAAAAGCGUUAAAAAAAUAACAAGUGAGGUAUUACUGAUGUAUUUUAUGUCGUAGAAUAAAACGUGAAAAUAUCUUGAGCUUGUGUUAACCACAGACCUUAUUUCAGGCAUUCAACCUAAAACCCAUUCAGAACCCCACUGACUUCAGGACGAUGGAACAGAUAGUGCUAAAAUGCGAACUCAUUUCCAGGUUUUAGGACUCAUACCUGCUCCACUCUCUAGGCAAAUUCAUAUGAGUUGGACUGCUUUUUGUAGCAGUCACACUGAGUGUCUGACUUGCUGUUUUCUUACUGGGAAAAAAAUUUGAAUAAACAAAAAACUAGCUGUCUCAUCCACUAGAAUACACUAGGGGUUUUUAUGGUAAUUUUUUACUCUCUGCCUUCUAGGAUUGUCUUGUUGGCACCUCUGAUAUCACUUGUAGUGGUAUACAGUUUUGACCUCUCGUCACUGUGAAUCUGUUUAAUCUCUCCUAUCGGCCAUUUUGUUGCAAGAAAAUUUGCAAAAAGUUGCCAGAUGAGCAGGACAUGAGGUACUCUAAGUGUGUGUGAUCAUACUCAAAGUGAAUGUUAGCUUACUUUGCCUACUUGUAGUUUCCUUUCUCCUGAUGAACAGCCAAUCAGAGAACUCUAUUCCUCUGGCAUCUAAUAUCAGUUCAGCACAAUCAGGACUGACUGGAAUGUCGCAAACAUUCUACAGAUGGUGGUGCUAGUUGGGCUCCGUCUUUCAACAGUUGGCUUGGUGUGUCACUAAAUCUGUUUAGUGUGUGUUACAGACCUGCACUGGACUCGUUCACACGCUAAACAGCUCCACACUACAAAAACUGGCAUCUUAAUAAGUGAAAAUAUCUUGAAUAUAGUCAGAUUUGUCUAGUAUUUCCUAUUAUAAGAUUACAAUUAAACAAAUCUAAGAUUAAUAAACCUAUUUCUAGGCAUAUUUUACUAAUUUGCUUGUACACUUGUCAGAUCAUUUUGUUUCUUUCUAGAAAUAAAUGCUCAUAUAUUGUAGAUUCAUUACACAUAAAGUGAAAUAUUUAAAGCCUUUUUUUGUUUUAAUCAUGAUGAUUACAGCUUACAGCUCACGAAAAUCAAAAAUCUAGUAUCUAAAAAUAUUAGAAUAAAGAAUUUAUAAUACAGAAAUAUCAACCUUCUGAAAAGUAAUCUAUGCACUCAGUACUUGGUCGGAGCUCUUUUUGCACGAAUUACUUCAUGAAUGCGGCGUGGCAUGGAGGCGAUCAGCCUGUGGCACUGCUGAGGUGUUAUGGAAGCCCAGGUUGCAAUGUGACACGGCGACAUUUCUGUAUCAUAAAUUCCUUACUCUAAUAUUUUGAGAUACUGGAUUUUUGAUUUGCAUGAGCUGUAAGCCGUAAUCAUCAAGAUUAAAACAAAAAAAGGCUUGAAAUAAUUCACUUUAUUUGUAAUGAAUCUAGAAUAUAUGAACGUUCCACUUUUUUAAUUAAAUUAUGGGACUUUUCCAUAAUAUUAAACAUUUUUGAGAUGUACCUUUAUGUCAAGCUUGCCUAUAUCAAGCUUGAAAUUAAUAAAAUGUCUAGAACUAGGUUUUAGUAAUCUUAUAUUUGGUUUGUUGUAAUCUUGUAAAAGGAAAUAAGAGAUAAAUGUGACUAUAUUCAAGAUAUUUUCAUUUUCUAAGAUGACUUUUUUUGCAGUGCAGUGUUUAUUAGAGGGAGCCCACCAACCUGAUAUCUGCCCACAUUUACUCAGAUUAGAUGUUUAAAUGUUUUCUUUGUUUGUAUAAACAGAAAAAGAAAAAAAAAAACAACUAUUAGGGCUUAAAAAUCCAACACUGGCAUGAAAGUGUUGAAACAAGUCUAAUAUUGACAGUUAUUUGAGUCACACUGCUCUCUACUGGCACAUCUCUGUCACAUGUCAUCUCUUUGGCUGAAACGUCUGUCAAGCUGAAACCAAAACUGGAAGAGUACAAACAGAAGAGAACCGCACCCAAACCUGCUCUAUAUGUUCUAUAGCUUUCUGUCACACUCAGCUCCUACGAUUGCCGAGAGCAAGAUAACAGACUACUGUUUAACACAGUGCCUUUUGAACAUGUUAGGGAAAUGUAGUCUUGUAAACAGACAUCUGUACAGUAUAUAUUUGUAUACAAUGCGUUUAUUUAUUGUUUUUAUUUAUCUGACCUCAUUACUGGACUGGUGAGCGAGUAGGACAAACCCCACUGGUCCACCUGAAUGUCCUCAAACAUGCUUCUGUCUUCUUUACACACCAGAGUAAUUACUCCAUUUGUGCUUCUGCUAUUAAUGAGUUGACGCAGUAGUGAUUCAGGGCAGAUACCAACGUUUUCAGUUUCAGCUUUUAAUCUUAAAAAUGUGAUUCCUGUUCUUAAUUGUUUGCUCUCAGGUAACGCAAAGAAUCUGUUCAAUCCCACCCAGUAUGACGCCUACAGAUGGAUAUAUAUAUGUAUAUAUAUAUAUAUAUAUAUAUAUAUAUAUAUAUAUACACACACACACACACACACACACACAUAUAUAUAUAUACCCAUCAGGGCAGUUACGAUGCACUCAGUGUGUGCAUAUUUUGGGCUUCACAGAACAAAAGCAAAGUAAAAAAUGCUUCAGAGAUUGCGACCAACAAAACUGACCAACAAGACUUGACCAAAAAGCCGAACAGGGAUGCAGUACAGAGAUGUAGAAAUAUUAUAUAAUCUGGGUGAUGGGAUCUCUUGCAAUAUCUUUCUUUUUAUUUAUAGUAAAUUAUCUUUUUUUUUUCUUAACGGGAGCUUCUGUUCAUUCUAUAUGCGUAGACAACUUAUACAACAAAAGGAAGAAAAUGAAACAUAAUGGAGAUGAGGAAUUAUUUAAAACCCAAACAAGACAAAGUAGAGGCGGGUGAUUUGGCAAAAAUAUCACAAUUCUGGAUACAUAAUACACUAUCAUUAGGUUUGCUAGCACAAAACAGUUAUUCUCACAGCUCCAGGGUUUGAGCCAGAGAUCGGCUGCCCUGUGUGGAGUUUCUGCACAUGUUCUUACUGUGUUGUGUGGGUUUCCUCUGGGUUCUCCAGUUUCCCCCCACCUCUCAGAAACAUGAAGUUUGUCUGAAUGUGUGUGUGUGUGUGUGUGUGUGUGUGUGUGUGUGUCUGUGUGUGUGUGUGUGUGUGUGUGUGUGUGUGUGUGAGGUGCCAUGUGAUAGGCUCUGUGACCCUGACCUGGAUAAAGCACUAACUGAAUAUGAAUCAUUAUAUGCAAUACAAAAAUGUAUUGUUUAACACAAUAAGGAGGGAAAAUAAAAAUAAUACACUCAGCUAUUUGUUUCUAAGAGAAGCAAAACCUGCGAUCACAAAACCUGCGAUC